UAAUAAUAAAAAAAGUGAGAAACAACAGCGCAAUUUACACAAUAAUUGCCAACGUCAGAUGAUUUUCUUUGUUAGAAACUAAGGUCCUUUUUAGAGAAAUGUUGUAAGAACGUGUUAACAAAAUUCUCAUAAAUAUAAUGCCAAACAAGUGCUAAUAAAACAUUUAAGAAUAAUUUUACUUAGAAACAAGCAAAUAAUGAGAACAGAUUCGAAGAUCCAAGUAAAUGCCUUCAUUGGUUUUUUAGUGUUGGCGAUGGUUGUUCAAUCCCAGCAUACAAACACAAAUAGUAAUGAUAACAAUAGUGAUACCGUCAAAAAUGGAGUUGAAUUAAAUCAUACUUUGGCAAAUAAAAUUGAAGAUAUUACGCAGCAUUUAGAAGAAAUACCGAGUGCUUCGAAAAUACCCAAGGUACGUAAGACUACGCAAACCGAUAACAAAUCCUUGGAAAAGAGAAUAAAAGAAACUGGAAUUGCUAAAAAUAAAAUCCAAUUGCCUAAGACAGAGAGCACUGGCACUACCACAUUUGGAAAUGCAGUCAAAAAGCCGGAUCAUGUGCUGAAACAGGUAGCCGAAAACGUAUCCAUAAAUGUUAGCGUGAAUCCAUCCGAAAACAAAACACAACAUGAAAAACAAGAAAGUUUACAGGCAAACGAAGGAAAGACGUCCCCAGUUGCGGUCAAAACAAACAUUGUCUCUCCAAAAAAUAAAAGUUCGGCUUCCGAAGUGAUCGGAAUAUUGGUAAAUAAUUCUAAUACAGUGAAGAAUGACACUAAAAAAAAGGGGCAAACGAGUGACACAACUGAUAGUAGCUCCUCUACUAUUGCAAAUGUAACCAUCGCCCCAAAGUCCACUAACAAUACCACAACAACUUUAUCAACAACAACAACUACCAGUACGCCUACUACCACCACUACAACAACAACAACUACUACUACUACUACGACACCGAAACCAAAAAAACCUUCAGUACUUUAUGGUGUUGAGGAUUUUCCCGGUUUAGAUGAAAAUCAUGUAGAACUAAAAGAUCCAUCUCUCCCAACAUCCAACAAAUUGCCUAUACCCGAACCUCCAAAUGCUGAACCAUCACAAGAAUUCAGCGGCAAUAGUUUUCAACGGGGAAGCGAUUACAUUUUACCUAUAGUCAGUAUGAUUUUUAUAAUCCCUUUAGCCAUGGGCAUAGUUAUCACUACCUAUCGUCGUUUUCGCGAUUGUUGGUCUACACGUCACUACCGACGCAUGGAUUUUUUAGUAGAUGGCAUGUACAAUGACUGACAUCGUAAUUCGCAAACAAGGCAAUUAUCCAAUGCUUCAAUAAUUGAUGAAGAAGAAGAUGAUAUUGAAGAUAUUUGGAAUUCGAUACAAAUUGCUUAGCAAUAACAAAAAUUGAAGGUUAGCAGCUUUAAAAUUUAAGCAUUUCGAGUGAGAUGUACUACUUCCACACCCACAGAAAAUAUAUUUGUAUUAUGAAUUUAUAAAAUU